AUGGCCUCCGUCAACUUGUCCCUCACAGUCGUCGUUGCCCUCUUCUCCGGAUUUCUGAUACUGGGGGCGACGGUCGGCGAGGACGAAUGCGGUUACUUGUGCGUGGAAGGAGCGUACGUCACGUGCGCCAACUAUCCGGGGCAGCAGUUCCCCGGGUGCAACUGCGUGUGCGCGCCGUCGGACGGCCAGGGCUGCGUCGUCCACGGCCCCGACGUCCCCGACGAGCCCUGCACAAAAUGA